CUGUCAGACUCCCUCCACACGCACACACACUCACUCACACACACCCCUCUGCAGCAGCAGCUCCGGACGGUCAGCAUGGCUUUACGGGACGUUUCCUCCGCGCUGCUCGGACUCCUCCUCCUCCUUCACACCUGGGGAGGCUGGGCGGACGUGCAGGUGAACAUGGAGGACAAGGUGGAGGUCAGCCUGGGACAGACGGCUCAGAUCACCUGCAUGUUCACGUCAGAUGACGGCAUCGGCGCCAUGAUCAUCCAGUGGUUCUACGUGAAACGGUCGAAUGAAAAGGAGAGGAUCUACUACCGGGACGCCACCACCAGCGUCGCGGACCGAGGAACGCCGUUCACGGACCGGAUCAGCAUGAACGGCUCCGUGGCCACCGGGGAGAUGGUACUGACCAUCAGGAACGUGCUGCUGGAGGACGAGCUGGAGUUCAUCUGCCUCGUCAAAAGUCUCACCGACGGGACGGCCGAGGGACGCACCAAGCUCCAAGUGUUUGAAACGCCGAACGCUCCGACCAUCGAGGCGGCGCAGAACGGGAUCUCCGUGAAUGAGGACGUUCUGUCCAAGAUUGGCACUUGUGAGGUGAAGAACGGCCACCCCAAGCCAAACAUCACCUGGUACCGAAACUCCACUCCAGUCCGCAGCGUCCCAGGCGAGCUGCACGUAAAGUCCACAGUCACGUCCGAGUCCAGCGGUCUGUUCUCGGUAAUGAGCGAGCUGAGGAUGAAAGUGGUGAAGGAGGACAAAGACGCCCAGUUUUACUGCGAGGUCACCUACUUUGUUCCCGGAGCGACUCUGAUGACUGAAACCAGCCGCAUCAACGUCACCGUGUACUACCCCCACGAUGCAGUGAACAUCUGGGUGGCAUCACCUGCCGGCAAAGUUAAGGAAGGGGACCGGCUGGAGCUCCAGUGCGAGGGCAACGGGAACACUCAGUCCUCAAUUUUCACAAUCCGACAUGUUGAAGACGGCCGCUCCUGGGAGAGCGAUCGGCUGGAGCUGCAGAACGUGUCCCGUCUGGACAGCGGCGUCUACGAGUGCGAACCUUUCGACCCGGAAUUUCUCGCCGACAGCAUAGUCACCAAAAACACCUCGGUGUUUGUCCAUUAUCUGGACUCUGCUGUCGUGACCCCUGGAGCCAUGAUGGAGGUGACCAAGGGGGGUCAGCUGCAGGCCUCAUGCAACGCGUUGUCUUCUCUGCAGACCAACACCGUCUGGUUUAAGGACGGAGUCGAGGUUUCAACGGGACACAGGCUGAUCAUAGACGACGUCUCGUUCGACACGUCCGGGCUUUACGAGUGCGUCGUGACUGUUCCUGAAAUCGAGGGAAUGUCAACCAGCAGCACGCUGACUGUCAAGGUGGUCGGCGCUCCAGAAAUCGCAGAGGAAGACACUGAUCUGGAGACCUACGACAAGUCGGUGCAGCUGAAGUGCCAUGCCAUCGGUUACCCUGCUCCCGAAAUGACCUGGACCACGUCCGAUGGGAAGGUCACCAAGACGACUCAGACGGAGACCGAGAGCGGCUUUGAGAGCGUGAUCACCGUCCAGGUCUCCUCCAACAUCACUGCGGUCUGCCACGCCUCCAACGAAUACGGCAGCGACCUGGUGACCUUCACCAUCACAGCCAUAACACACACCACCACAACAGCAACCACCACAACCACCACAACCACCACAACCAUUACCCCCUCCGCAGUCGUAACAGAAAUCGUUAUCCCACCAAAGAAAGUCAAGAAAGAGAGCAACGGCGUGAUCAUUGCCGUCAUCAUCAUCUGCAUCCUGCUCCUGGCCGUCGUGGGAGCCGUGCUCUACUUCCUCUACAAGAAGGGAAAGAUCUGCGGCCGAUCUGGGAAGCAGGACCUCACCAAAGGGAAGUCCAGCAAAGAUAACAUCGUGGUGGAGAUGAAGAGCGACAACACAGAGGAAGCCAUUCUCCUCGGGGUCAACGGAGAAAAGCAGCCUCCCAACGACCAGUAAGGCCCGUCGUGUUCCUGGACGUGCAGACUUGAGGAGGUGACUGCAGACCGACGCAGCGGCCUCCGCCCCCACCUCCACCCCUCAGGCUCAGACCCGUCGAUGCCUUCAAGCCCCCACCGCAGCUCCUUAUUCCAGCGUUACUGUCCUGCAGAAGCUCCGCCCACCUCUCAGCUUCUGCCCAGCGUCACUCAGCAUCGCAGCGUGUUUCUGUUGCCGUGCAGCUCCAGAGCUACGCCUCAUACCUCUGCUCAGAAAUGCUCCACCUCCAACCCAGGACUGCUUUGGACUGUACCGUAUUUACUGUAAGCCUUUCAUCGCCCGUAGAACCAACCUUUAGAGCACAAAGCUGACCAGGGACUCUUUUAUAUCCAGCUAAAGCAUCACCAAGGGCGACCACUGAAGAGCAGCCUGAAACACUACAAGUGUACAUAUUAUAGUCUAUGUAUAUACAUAUUUCUUUAUUUAAAAUAACACAAUAGAAAAAAAAAAAACGAUCAAAAAUAAAUAGUGUAUUUCUUUGUUCGUUUGGGCGCUCUUUAAGGGGAGUUUAGGUAGAUGUCUCGUUUUUAUUUUGUCUUUGUUUAUUGUUGAGCUGAAGUCUGUACACUGAAAUUUUGGGGCUCCACCGAUGUUUCCGCAUCACCUCCACGGCUUGAUUCACUCCGAAAACAACAGAUCGGGGGUCUGCAGCCUUCUGCAGUCAAAAGAAAUCCUCAAUGUCUGCAGAAAAUAUAUAAAGAGAAAUUUGGUCCGACAAAGCAACGCUGCAGUUUAUGUUGCAGUUCAGUAAAGUUGAGAAGAACUACAGUUCAGAAUCACAAAAGUUUUAUUUUUCCAAAACAGCCAAAACAAAAAUAACAAUCAUUGUUGUCUUAUACGCAGUACAGAAAGACAGUCUUAAAGCAUGCAAUGAAAAUGUUAUUUUUUCCUAAGAAGAAAAAUGCAUCGACUUAAAAAAACAAAUGCUAAGAUUUAUCACACUUUUUCAUUCACAUCAUGACUUAUGAAGCAAAGCAAAGUAGCUGAAAUGUCUCACGAUGAUAUAAACCAGCUCACGUUUCUUAUUAGUGGGUGAAAAAUCAGACGAUUGUUGAAUUGAGCCGAGAUCGAAGGAUCAAAAAUCGACCUUGCUGUGAACACCCGGUUGAAAUACCAGGACGGUAAGGUGAGCGCGGCGCGGCGCGCCACGUUGCUGCAGAGCUGGAGGUUGCAGACCCCCGUUUCAGAUCAUCUAACAACAAAUUCUUCCUACUGACCGUUUUUCUUCUCACUACUUUCACCACUGAGCUUCACUCUCUUCUGUUUUUUAUCCAGUAAGGUGGGAAACUUGGCGAGACGGGUGACAUCGAAUGGCUAACACUGUUCUAGUUCUCAUUCAUUUUUCAUUCGUUCACCGUGUGUGUGUGUGUGUGGUUGCGGUUGUGUGUGUGUGUGUGUGUGUAUGUAUGUGUGUGUGAGAUACAGUUCAAGCAUUGCCAGCAGUCAUGUCACAGACUUGCAGAUGCCUUAGAAAUUGCGAUCAAAGAUCCGAAGCCAUGAAAAAAAAAAAAACUCCGUUUUCUACUGUUAGUCACAGUGAUGUUUAAUGUUCAGUGCACUGAUUUCUUUGUUGUUGUGUUUGUUUAAUGUGAAACGGCUGUUUUAUUUUUUGAGACUGUGUGUUAAUGAAAGUAUAUUUCAGUUUGUUUUGUUGUUUUUUUUUUUUUUUUUUCAAGAGGAAGGCCGAGGGUCAAACAGAUUAUUGGUCCAUGGUAAAUAUGGCUCACGGCAUGAAGUUGCCCUCGUUCUAUGGGAAGGAGACUCGUUCCUGUGAAACAAACCAAUGAAUGAAACCCUGUGUUGACUGAAACUUG